AAAUCAAUUAAAAUGUGUCCUAAAACAAAAAUAAACAACACCAAAACACCCCUUAUUUGACUCACACUCCCACUUUCCUCCACCUCUCUUCCAAACACAAACACACUUACUCCCAACAACCACAUCACCUCGCCGGAGCCACCAUGCACCACCGCCACUUCUUCCUAUUCCGGCCACUCUAACCUCUCACUCCGGCCAAAAUAAUGCAACUCACUCCAACCACUUUUUCCCUCACACAAGUAAUAUUUUUCCAAAUUUAUAACAAUGGCAACGGAGACCACCACAUCCACCACCCAACAACCACUACCACCACCGGUAACAACCGAGUCAACGCAGUCAACGGCAAAAAAAACUGUUAAAAACCGGUUUGAAGGGCUACUAACAAUCCGUACAAAAGCAAUAAACGGUAAAGGAGCAUGGUAUUGGUCUCAUUUAGAACCAAUCGUCAUCAACAGUUCCGAUAACGCCUCGCCUAACGCCGUUAAACUCCGUUGUUGCUUAUGCGACGCCGUUUUCUCCGCUUCAAACCCUUCAAGAACCGCCUCCGAGCAUCUCAAACGAGGCACAUGCCCAAAUUUCGAUAACGGUUCACCUAACGCCGUUAACCCAAAACCAACUUCCGUUACUAGUUUACCAUCUCCGACGACGUCGUUUUCGCCGCAAAACCACCGGAAACGGAAUAAAACCACCGCUCACUCUGCCACUCCGAUCUCAAUGAUCCAACCCGAACCCGCAAGAUUCUCAAUCCACGGAUCAUACCCGUACCCGAAUCCGAACCCAAAUAACCCGACCCGACCCGAUUUUUUACCUGCAUUGUUACCGGCUCCGGUGGCUAUGAAUGUGAAUGUUUCCGGUACCCUAACCCGACCCGACCCGACCCAGCAGUACCAUCAGUUAUCCGGUGGGAAAGAUGAUUUAACCGCAUUAGCUAAGUUGGAAAACAGUGUGAGAAAACUAAAAUCUCCAAAAAGUCAACCGGGUCAAGCGUUGACCAAAUCACAAAUUGCUUCAUCACUCAACUUAUUAUCAGAUUGGGUGUAUGAAAACUGUGAGAAUAUAACAUUUUCAAGCUUAAAUCACCCAAAGUUCAAAACUUUCUUGACCCAACUCGGGUUACCGGCGUUAACCCGCCGGGAACUCGCCGGAGACCGGCUGGAAUUCAAAUACCAAGCUGCAAGAUCCGAAUCAGACGAUCGGAUCCGUGAAUCGAUGUUUUUUCAACUUUCGGCAGAUGGGUUUGGGUCAAAAUCAAAAGGGUAUAAUCUUUUUGAUGAAAAGAUUAUUAAUUUAUCGGUGAAUUUACCAAACGGAACGAGGGUUUUCCGGCGAGGUGUUUUUGUAAAUGGGUAUGUGUUUCCGGAGCAUGCAGAGGAUGUUUUGAUGGAAACUAUUGUGGGGAUUUGUGGGAGUAAUGGGAAUGUUCAACAGUGUGUUGGGGUUGUUUCUGAUGGGUUAAAGUCAACUGCUUUAAAGAAUCUUGAAAUGAAACAUGAGUGGAUGGUUAAUAUUUGUUGUCAGUUUCAUGGGGUUAGUAAGUUGGUUAAAGAUUUUAGUAAAGAAUUGCCUUUGUUUAAGAAUGUGAGUGAUGGUUGUUAUAAAGUUGCAAACUUUGUGAAUAAUGUGUCUUAUGUUAGGAAUUUGUUUCUUAAGUAUCAGUUUCAAGAAUCGGGUCGAGCGCGGUUGCUGCGUGUACCGCCAGGAGCGUCAGGAAACGGGUUCGAACCGGUGUUUAAUAUGGUGGAAGAUGUGUUAGGUUCAGCUAGAAUAUUACAGUUGGUUUUAGUUGAUGAGAGUUGGCGAAAAGAUUCAAUGGAGGAUCAGUUUGCUAGAGAGGUUGAGGAAAUAGUGAGGAAUCCGCAGUUUUGGAGGGAAGUCGAAGCGGUUCAUUCGUUGGUUAGGUUGGUUAAAGACAUGGCUCGUGAGAUCGAGAAAGAAAGACCGAGGAUCGGACAAUGUUUGCCGCUUUGGGAGGAGCUAAGAGGGAAAGUUAAGGAGUGGUGUUUGAAGUUUCAAAUAGUUGAGAGUGAUGUCGAAAAGGUGUUUAAUAAAAGGUUUAAGAGAAACUAUCAUCCUGCAUGGGCAGCUGCAUUUAUACUUGAUCCGUUUUAUUUGAUUAGGGAUAGAAGUGGGAGGUAUAUGCCCCCUUUUAAAUGCUUGACUUCUGACCAAGAAAAGGAUGUUGACAAGCUUAUAACACGGCUUGUAUCGCGCGAAGAAGCUCACAUUGUAUUGAUGGAGCUUAUGAAAUGGCGAACGGAUGGUCUAGAUUCGGUUUACGCUCAAGCUGUGCAGCUUAAACAAAGAGACCCCGUUACGGGCAAGAUGAAAAUAGCCAACCCGCAAAGUAGCAGGCUUGUUUGGGAAACUUAUUUAACCGAGUUCAAUUCUUUGAGGAAAGUCGCAGUGAGGUUGAUCUUUCUUCAUGCUACUUCGUGUGGGUUCAAAUGGAAUUCGUCGUUUUUGAAACGGGCUCGAUCAGGGAAUGGUGUUGAGCAGGCGCAGAAGUUGAUCUUUAUAGCAGCUCAUUCGCGGCUUGAAAGGCGGCAUUCUUCUUCGUCUUCUAACGACGAUGAUGAUGAUGAUGAUAAAGAUGCAGGCUUUUGUGCAAUGGCUAAUGGUGAAGAUGAUAUGCUCAAUGAAGUUGUGUUUGAUGCAUCCUCUCCAUAAAUGUUGCAUCUUUUUGUUGAGCCUGAUAAUAUUAGUCAUAGUUUAUUGUUUUAAUUAAUAUAUCAUUUGAUUUUAGUGCCAUUUCUUGAGGUUGAAAUGGUUGUUUUGCAAGAAAUGACCUUUGUGUGAUCAACUCAAGAUUGUAAUUAAUCAGUUAAUGAUCUUGAAUCUUUAUAAUUAGAGAGCAGAAUUCCUAAA